AUGCUUCUAGCUUCUGCUGCUGUGCUUGUCUCGGCCGUUGCGCCAGCCGUCUUAGCCGGCGCCACUCCCUUUGGCGGCAUCCCAUCCGUAGGUGUACUCUACACCAGCGACGUCAAGAAGCACUUCUGCUCUGCGAGCGUCAUCCAAAGCAAGGACGGCAACGUCGUCCUCACAGCCGGUCACUGCAUCAGCGGCAAUGGCAAGGGGAUCCGCUUCGCCCCCGGAUAUCACGACGGUGCUACUCCCUAUGGCACGUACCCCGUCGAAGCGGCCUACGUCCACGCCAACUGGAACAAGAACCACGACAUCAACUAUGACUUUGCCUUCUUGAAGCUUGGCAAGGGCACCCACGGUGGCAAGUCUGUCAAUGUGCAGCAGGUCACUGGCGGCAACAAGCUCGUCACCAAUGCCGGGUACAAACAGUCGGUCCAGGUUGUCGGGUACAAUGAUGGAGAGCAGAAGCCUGUUCACUGCCAGGUCGGCACGUACGAGGCCAAGGCUGGACAGCUGGGCUUUAACUGUGGUCCCUUUAAGGGCGGCACCAGCGGCUCACCCUGGAUGGCCAGCUAUAAUGCGAAAACCAAGCAUGGAAACGUUAUUGGAAACAUUGGCGGCUGGCACACCGGUGGCUGUUCGGACAAGACCUCAUACUCGUCCAAGUAUGGCGCUGGCACUCUGCAGGUGUUUAACCGUGCUAAUGCGGGAGGUCGUGGUGAUAGUGUCAAGGGUGGUGCUUCCAGCGGCUGCUAA